GAGUGAAGUAGGCUAUCGGUAGAACGCGUAGCCUUCACGUUCCAAGAUGCUUCUUGCAGUUGUUGCUUUGUUACCAGUAUUGUCCCUAAUUGACGCCAAACAGAAAGAUUUUUACACGUUUAAAGUCGUUAAUAUUAGAGGGCGACUAGUUUCUUUGGAAAAGUACAGAGGUUCGGUAUCCCUGGUGGUAAAUGUGGCAAGUGACUGCGGCUUCACCGAGGAGCACUACACGGAUCUGCAGCUGCUGCAGCGCGACUUUGGGCCGUACCACUUCAACGUGCUGGGCUUCCCCUGCAACCAGUUCGGCCAGCAGGAGCCCGGCAGCGACAAGGAGAUCGACAGCUUCGUGAGGCGAGCCUACAGCGUGUCCUUCCCGCUCUUCAGCAAGAUUGCGGUUAAAGGGGCUGGGGCCAACAAUGCGUUCAAGUACCUCACUGAUUCAUCUGGGAAGGAACCUGACUGGAAUUUCUGGAAGUAUCUAAUUGAUGUGGAUGGAAAAGUGGUUGAUGCAUGGGGUCCCCAGACGUCCGUCAAAGAAGUCCGACCAAAAGUAGCUGAUAUGGUUCGAAAGCUUAUCCUAAAGAAGAAAACCGAACUCUAAUAACAAAAAUGUGUAGUCUUUUAGUCGUCUUUUCAAUGAACCACUGUUAUAUAGGCCUACAGGAAGACGUGAAGCACUGAGCAGCAACGGCCAAUACUGCAGAAAGAUGAGCCACUGUUUCUAAACAUUACAUUUUCCAUCUGUCGAGUAUGCCAAGAAUAUAAUUUUGUUUUGGAGCAAAUCGGCCAUGUAAAUCAUUCAUUUGUCUGAUGUGAAAUGUGUUGUUAUUUUUCCACCAAUUUGGCAUUCUGUCUUAUUGCAGCACACUUCAUCCUGUGUUUUUAUGCAGAUUUGUCACUUAGCAGCAAAUAAAGGAACUACUUUUUGCAGCA